CCUGGCAACCCACGAAGCGACGCCUGCGGAUGACGUCACAUCGCUGCGACUCAUAACCGGUGUGGUGAACUAUCCAGAAACCAACGUGACUUACUUGGACUCGAAUACGUUUGUUUAAUAAUUAAGUUUAAUAAUAUUUUCGGGACUGACGUCUCAGUUUAUUACAACAUGACGUCGUCAAUGCCGCAGAAACGUUUCUACAGACAGCGAGCCCAUUCUAACCCGAUGGCUUACCACACCUUUGACUAUCCUGUGUGUCCUGAGGAGAUGAACUGGUCCGAACUGUAUGAAGACUUCUUCACUGGCAACAUAUCUGAGAAAGAGACCGCCCGAGUUGAGUUUGCUGACAUUGGAUGUGGAUAUGGGGGGCUUUUAGUGGAGUUAUCGACACUUUUUCCAGACAAGCUAAUCCUGGGCCUGGAGAUCCGAGUGAAAGUGUCUGAUUAUGUUCAGGAUCGUAUCCGAUCCCUGCGUGCCUCGGAAUCAGGACGCUAUCAGAACAUCGCCUGCAUUCGCAGCAACGCUAUGAAGUAUCUCCCCAACUUCUUCUCUAAAGGACAGCUCAGUAAGAUGUUCUUCCUCUUUCCUGACCCUCACUUUAAGAAGACCAAGCACAAGUGGAGGAUUAUUAGUCCCACAUUGUUGGCAGAGUACGCCUACACCCUGAGAGUCGGGGGUUUGGUUUAUACCAUGACGGAUGUGGAGGAAGUGCACGUCUGGAUGGUAAAGCACUUCACUGAACAUCCACUGUUUACACGUGUCGCCGAUGAAGAACUGGUUGGUGAUGUGAUCAUAAAUCGUUUGGGUACCUGUACAGAGGAAGGAAAGAAAGUGCAGAGAAAUGGAGGGAAGAAUUUCCUCGCAGUUUUCCGAAGGAUUGAGGAUUCAAACUAAGACCCAACAGUUUGGCCAUGCAAUGAACUGAAAUAAUGGUCUUAUGCAGUCAAGUAUACAUGGAGGAUAAUGCUGCUCUGUGGAUCUGGAGGCUGUGGCUUGUUCCCCAGCACAUAAACAGUAAUAUUAAUGGACCAACAGUUACAUCACACAAGGGUUUGUGUUUGAGUUUGUUUCACAUGGUUUAUGUAUUUCAUUUCUAGACUUACAAAAGACAGCACAAGGGGUGUAAAUUAUAAAAGCAUCUCUAUUCAGACUGGACUUGACGUGAUAUGUUUUGUAUCGCUUUUUUUAAUUGAUUUUUAAUGAGUCCCUUCUGUUUCUUUUUAAACUUCAGAGUUUUGUUUUGGAUUUCCUGUAAAGCUUAAUUCUUUUACAACAGAAAACAG